CAGAAAGUGACUGAUUCGGGACCACUGCUUUUGAGGAUGUUGAGAGCGGCUGUUGUUGCACCGGCAUUUGGUCCUGAUUUGCGAAGCUCAAGAUCUGCAUUACUCCCGACCGCCAUACCAUGGUGAGCUCCGCUCGUUUCCAAAACGACUUCCAGCCCAUUAUUCAUGUCAGUUCUAGAUGAGAUGAUCACACUGAUUGGCUGUCCACCCACGUCCUCAAGAGGCGCAGCUGCGAUUCUUGAAUCCAAAUAUUGCUGAGAAGCAACCUCAAUACUCGGUUCAGAAGUUGGGACAUUUUCCAGAGAGGAUAUCUCAACUGUUUUCGUAAUCACCUCUUGUGAGCUUACCAGCACAGGAAUGUGGUUUCUCUCCUCAGAAAGAGACUGGUUUCCUGCGACCAUGAGAGGAUUCGUUAAUUUGUUACCAUUUUCCAGAUUUUCAGAUGGGAAAGGAAGAACGCCUUCGUCCGUCUUCUCAUUAUCGAUAUCCUCUUCGACUGUAUUUCCUGUUGUUUCUAAUUCACUGUUCAUUCCAGAAUCAAGUUCAUGCCCGGAUAACUGUGACAGAGCAGCCAGUUGAUUCGACAACUUCUGUAUGUCACCAUCUCGAUCGCUUGAUCUACGUUCAGCUUGAUCUUCUUCCAAAUCAAUAAUCGUUCUCCGAUCCGUAUCUGAACUUUCCGAGGUUAACUUCUUGGAUGAACGGAGACGAUGAUGUACUAGUCUUGAAGGUGACAGUCCUUCAACACGCAUGUUUCCUUGCUGCUCAUCAACCUCCUCCUUUACUGGACAACUAUCAUCUUUGAUGACAAGACUUGAUGAAUCCCUUGAAGAAUCACGAGAAGGAGAAGCAAUUUCUGAGAGUCGACUGCUAUCAGGGGAUAGGUCUAGGUGAAGCGGCUCCGCUCUAGGAGGAACAGACAGAAUCGGAGAAGAGUGUUCAGCUUCCAGGUCUCGCCUUCUCGAUUUCCUGCGACUUUUCUUUCUGACUUUACGCCUCCACUGUUCCUCGGAUGAAUGUUUUUCCGCAUCAGCUCGCAACUCGGGAGAAAUGUGUGAUGUAAAAUCAGCUCCAUCACUGGUUUCAGAACCCUUUAAGCGAUUAGAAAUAGGCGUCGCUUCUUCCAAAAAAUUCGGCGAUGAGUACUGCGCCGAUGGUCCUGGUUCGUCCUCACGUGGCCAAAAACGAUCUUCCACGAGCUGUAACGCCUCUGCAGGCGAACAUCUCUCUUCCCCAGCUGAUGUACUGGGCCUGCUCUCCCUACGACGUUCUCGCUUUGCCUUUUUACGUCUAUGCUUUCGAUGACCUUUCUAAAUAAGGCAGGGUGGACUUAUCUUCGAAACGAAUUCCUGGAAACUUACAAGGCUAAUUGUUAAUUUGAUUGGUUCCUUGGUGAUCGGAGGAGACAUCAGCUUUGGAGAAAAAGGAAAACUAGGGUUUCUGCUGAUGUCAGGCGAUUCAAGUCCUGAAUGCCUUCCAGAAUCGUCAUCCGUAGAUAUGGACGGAGGGCAAUGUUCAGGGUGACGCUGUCGUACAUGUGCUGCAAACAUUGUUCGACGAAGCAACAUCCCACACACCUGGCACUUGACAUGCUCAUCCAUCGCGUCGUGAUAAACGAUGUCAAAAUGAUGCCCUCGAAUAAUGGGUAAUGGGACAUUGUCGUCGACGAUUGAAGGGCGUGAAACGUUAGUUGUAGACUGA